AUGAAGACCUUUCUUAUUACAUGUGCGGCGGCUCUGGCCUCAGCGUUCUCAGAGCAGCAAACAGUAUUGCAAGACUCCCAUUCGCAUGAGAAGCAGCCCGUAAACAUCGCCAUCAUUGGCGCCGGUGCUGCUGGAUCAUCUACCGCAUACCACCUCUCUAAAUUCGCAAACUCGUCUCGCCCCGUCAAGAUCACCAUUUUUGAGCGGAAUGACUUCAUUGGUGGACGCUCAACCACCGUCUCAGCAUACAACUCAUCCUCCCUUCCCGUCGAGCUAGGCGCUAGCAUCUUCGUCCAGAUCAACAAGAUUCUCGCGACUGCAGUUGAAGAAUUCAACCUCUCUACUUCAACUAUCAGCGAGUCCCGCCGCACAAAAACGAUCCCUGGUCCUUCCCUCGCGAUCUGGGAUGGCCAGGACAUCCUCCUUACUCAGAAUGGCGGCUACUGGGACUAUGCUCGGCUGUGGUGGCGCUAUGGAACAGCACCGCUCAAGACUGUAAACCUCAUGAAGAAAACUGUUGCGAAGUUCUUGCAGAUGUACGAGGAGCCGUUUUUCCCCUUCGCACAAGGGCUUAGUGAGACGGCGCAAGCAGUGGGCUUGACUGCCGUGACAGCCGCGACGGGGGAGCAGUACAUUCGUGAGAAUGGGAUUCAAGGUUCAUUUGCAAGAGAGGUGGUACAGGCUGCGACGAGAGUUAACUACGCACAAAACUUGGGUGCGAUUCAUGCCUUGKAGGCUAUGGUGUCCAUGGCUGCGGAAGGGGCGAUGGCUGUCGAGGGAGGCAAUUGGAGGAUCUUUGAUGAGAUGAUCAAAGCUUCCGGAGCUGAUAUCAGGUUGGGCACGACCGUGAGUGCGGUGAAGAUGGAGAAGAACGGCACAUUCCUGCUGAGCUACAGCGACGACAAGGAGCAGCAGCCCUUUGAUGCCGUUGUUGUGGCAACUCCGUGGCAGUACGCUGGUAUUGAUGUCUCGACUCUGAAAUUGGAUCGUGAGCCAGAUUCAGUGCCCUACGUUGAGCUGCAUGUCACGCUCUUCACUUCGCCACAUCUCCUGUCUCCGGCUUUCUUCAACCUACCUCCAGGCAAAUAUGCUCCACAAGUCAUCCUCACGACUCUUCCUGAGGGUGAACCUCCACAGCGAGGUGCUGCAGGGGUUGGCAGUCCAGGGUUUUUCAGCAUCUCUCUGCUGCGUCCUAUCGUAAACCCCAAGACAGGCGCGGAGGAGUAUUUGUACAAGAUCUUCUCGUCUGAGCCUGUCAAUUCGACUUUCUUGGAAAAGCUAUUGGGAGUACAUGAUCGAUCAGACAACUAUCUGGAAAGCGCUCGGAGCAAAGAUGUAACCUGGAUUUAUCGCAAAGUGUGGAACUCAUACCCCUACGAGUAUCCAAGAGUCACAUUCGAAGAUGCCGAGCUAGCUCCAAAUCUGUGGUAUACUGGCGGCAUGGACCAGUUCAUCUCGACCAUGGAGACGAACGCGYUCAUGGGGAUGAACGUCGCGAGGCUGUUGACUGACCAGUGGAGCGAGAAGAACGAUCUACUGGCCAAGUCAAAUGAUAGGCAAGCUUCCCUGCAUCAAGACUUAUAA